GCGCAAUAUGUUCUCAUUCAUCGUAGACGCAGUGCUUUUUGACAUGGAUGGGACACUAAUCGACUCAACUCCAGGGGUUAUCAGUGCGUGGUACAAGUUCGCAGAAAUGUACCAGCUUGAUGUCCCUGCCGUGUUGAAAGAGACCCAUGGUGUACGACUGGUGGAUAGUCUUAAGACGUGGUGCGAGAUCACAGAUCCCGAAACCCUGCAGAAAGAGUCGAUGCGAUUCGAGAAGCUGGCCAUUGAAGGGGGACCCGUAGUGCUACCGGGUGUGCGUUCACUGCUUAAAGAACUUGACGGCGGAUCAUCAAAUAAAUGGACUAUUGUUACAUCUGGUACUUCGUCCUAUGCUCAGGCCUCCUUGGAACGAACCGGGAUCAUCAUGCCUGCCUCAAUUGUCACAUCAGAGCACGUCUCACGAGGAAAACCAUUUCCAGACCCAUACGUCGAAGGCGCUCGGCGUUGCAAUGUUGACGCGCACAAUGUGCUUGUGGUAGAAGACGCACCAUCAGGCAUACGAAGCGGACAUGCGGCUGGGGCCAAGACCCUGGCAGUUUGCACCAGUCACUCCAAGGAGGAGAUUCUCGAGUCGGGAGCUAACCCUGAUUACAUUGUUCAGGACCUCACCCAAGUUUCUACACGGUGGGUGGAUGGUAAAAUAGAGAUCACGAUCAGGGACGAUUCAAAUUAUCGAGAUUCCUGACAACCACAAUACAAAAAUCGUGCAAAGCUGUAAC